AUUUUUUCUUCCAUUCAACCUUCCAAUUUUGUCGGCAUUUAUGGCGUUCGCUCUCGCCCAGUUUCUCAAGAUCUUCACCACCUGGUGCGUCUUAUAUAUGCUUCUUUCUUUUCAUCUUUUUUCUCGUGAUUUGCGAAGAUGCUGCCAUUUUGCGUACCUUGCCCAGUUUAGUUUUGAUCUCUUUGUUUGAUUGCCUUAUUGACUGAUGAAUUUAUAAUGCUGAAUCUUACAAAAGUGACUUUUAACUGGAGCUUAAUAUUCUUCCUACCCCAACGGAAAGUUAUUAAUUCUCUCGUCAGUUGGAUCAAAGCGUUUGUAAAGGUGGCUUGAGCGAUUACCUGUCUUUCUCGGUGAGCGGAAGUACUAACAAGCGUUCAUUUCCUCUCAAAUACCAUGCAUGGCAUGUGUUAUCUUUUAUGGUUCUUGCCUUGAAGGAACAAUAGGGAGAGAAGGGAGGCUGCUUCUAGCAAUUUGUGUCCGAUAUGUACUGGCAAAUGAGAGUACGAGGCCGUCCCAUUUUGUAUGCCUGUAGAAAUGAUGUACUCAGGUACAAGGAACGGAAAUGGGAUUCUAAAAGGAUGCUUGAUUCUGGUGGGAUGCCUUCAUCACAUUCUGCUACUGUAUCAGCUCUAGCAGCGACAAUAGGCAUCCAAGAAGGAACAGGGUCACCCGUUUUUGCUAUUGCCGUUGUCUUGGCAUGUAUUGUUAUGUACGAUGCUUCAGGAGUUAGACUUCAUGCUGGCAGGCAGGCUGAAUUGCUAAAUCAAAUUGUGUGUGAACUACCCCCCGAACAUCCUUUGUCCAACGCCAGACCUCUGCGUGAUUCACUCGGUCACACUCCGUUUCAGGUUGUGGCCGGUGGUUUAUUGGGAUACAUUGUGGCUUUCUUGAUGAGGAACUCCAAUUAGGAUGUCAUGUGAUCCAUAUCUUCCCUUGUAUUUCAUCACUAACCUCUCUGCAUGGCCUGCCAAGGGAGACAACCAUGGAAAGGGCACAAAAGCCUAGAGUUGACGACGGUUCACCUUAGUGCCGGGAUUUCCCGCUUCCUGGCCAGCCUUGUCAAGAGUCCCUUUCCUCAAAGCUCAUAAGCACACGAGUUAAUUAACUGAUACUGAGAAUUGAGACAUUUCGAUUGGGCACGACUAUUUUUAUUAUAUUGAUGACGUUGCAAGCCAUAUUUUAUGCGUAUGUGAAACCCACGAACCUAUCUAACCUUCUACUGUGGAAUUCUGUGACAUUUUAUACCAAUCAGUCAAUUUCUUGAUCAAGUUCGAUU